AAGUAUCGAUCAGCCUUUGCCAGAUCUUUACCAUUCGUCUAGGUCCAGGCUCUGGGUACCCAAGAUGCUCUUGCGGGGGACUCGAGAGAUCUUGCCGGCGAACGCACCUGUGCAGUCAUUCUCCGAGCUCGGUAUCCGCGAUCCAGGCGAGCGACCUGAGAAUCAACGCAUGCGUCAGCUGGUCCAUUCGCCUGAUGGAUGGGACAAGGCAUGGCAGGCAGGCUCCACACCUUGGGACAACAAUGACAUCCAACCGGGCUUGAGUGAACUUUUGGAGGAGCUGCCGAUCGGCAAAACACUGGGUCAGCCCGGCAAGACGGCAAUCAUACCUGGCUGCGGGCGAGGGUAUGACGUGGCCGCGAUAGCUGCACGAUACGAGAUGGACUGCGUCGGUCUUGAUAUCUCGCCGACCGCUGUCGAAGCUGCAAAGGUCUGGUACGCUGCACAGCCGAAUCUUUCGGACCGUGUACGGUUUCAGUGCGGCAACUUCUUCGACUUUGAGGUCCCAGAUGACAAAUUCGCUCUGGCUUACGAGUAUACAUUCCUAUGUGCUUUGCCGCCCAGCAUGCGCAAGGCAUGGGGACAACGCUUUUCAGAGAUCAUGGCGCCCGGCGGUCAUCUGAUCGCACUCGUGUUUCCCAUGGAUGGAGAUCGCGCAGGCGGGCCACCUUACUCUGUCGAUCUGGAUCUCUUUGAUGAACUCUUGCCCGAUUUCGAGAAGAUCCACCAGAGCGCGCCCAGUCAUCCCGCACCCGGCCGAGAGCGGCGCGAGAUGAUCACAGUCUGGAAGCGCAAGUGAGGACGCAAUGUCUGUACAUCAUAUAGUCAAGACUGCAUAGAAUGGCAGAGUAUCUAAGGCGGUGUACGAAGCUCCACGAGGGUGAGGGAAUCCUGGCCCCGACUCCUUCGCCAAUGGUUGUGUAUGUCCAGCAUGGUCUGGUCCAUGAGAAAGCUGCAUGUUACAGAUUAGCCCGGAGUUGAAGGCAAGCCAGGGCAAGUUGACUGACGCAUAUUUGCGCAUGAAGCGUUCCGACAUUUCCCAGUUAUUCGGAUCCAGGCAAUUCUCUUGAUGUAUGACGGAUUCUUUG